AUGGCGGCGGGCACGGGCGCUUCAAACUCGGGAAGCAGCGGCGAGGAAGAGUGGGAGCGGUUUCGAGAAGCAAUUUGGGACCUAAAGGCUUCAGACGGUAAUUUUUCGAAGAGCAAGCUGCCAUCAGCCGUGUCUAGUAUCAGACAUAAGGUCAGUGAUCGUGGGCAGGAUCAGAAUGAACUGCAGACCACUCCAGAAUUCCGAGCACAUGUUGCAAAAAAACUGGGAUCCAUCCUGGACAGCUCUAUCACCAUCUCGGAGCACGUGUUGGGAUGUGUGCAAACCUGCACAAAAGCCUCGGAGACAGAUGAUGACAGCUUUCGUCUCUUUUCCUCAUCUAUCCCAGGAGCCAGUGAAAAGCCAGAACCUUCACCUCUGCAAAGGAGACAACUGCAGCAUUCUGGCUCCAGCGAGUCAGAUGAUGACCAAGAAUGGCAGAGGUGCCAAGAGGCUGCCGUGUCAGCAGCGGACAUCCUGAAGCGAAGCGGCCUGCAGGCACCGUUCCCGGAGCUCAGCAACAAUCACAGUCGCCAAACCACAGAAUCCCACCAGAAGAAGAAGCGGAGAAAGAAGAAGACGAAAGUGAAAGAAGAGAGUGACAGCAAGCAGGGCGUAAUAGAGAAGCCACAUAACAACAAGGUCAGUGUUUGGACUGAGGAGCCCUCUUGCCUCACUGGGGCACAUGAAAGGGAACAGCACGUGUCUACAGAGGACAAUGGACUUUCUAAAGAGGUAAUGGCGAUCAAGAAAAAGAAGAAGAAAAGAAAUAAGAUGGAAGCAAGGACUUAAUAAGAGUACCAUCUA